ACUUCAUUGACCAUAAUGCCCCGCGCGCGGCUUUACUUCCGGUCCUGCGCGGUUUCUGGAGCGGAUUGGAAACCCGGAGUCAGGAUUUCAGUGUUAACGUGCAGACGUCUGAAAAACAGCAGCAGGAUGGCUGAGCAGACACCAGACGACUACAUCUGGUGUGAGGACUGUGCUCAGUAUCAUAAUUCUGAGUGUCCUGAGCUGGGCCCCAUCGUUACUGUUAGAGACUCGUUUGUGUUGAGCCGAGCACGGUCGUCUCUGCCGGACAGUCUGGAGAUCCGAGUGGCUGAAGGAGAGACAGAGGGAGUGUUUGUCCUCCGGCGGCUCGUCAAGAGAACACGCUUCGGUCCAUUCGAGGCCAAGCGCGUCACAAAGCUGAACACACACACACCAUUUCCUUUAAAGAUCUUUCAGACAGACGGCUCUGUGAUCUGUUUGGACACGUCUAACGAGGACGACUGUAACUGGAUGAUGCUGGUCAGACCUGCGACAGAUCACACACACCAAAACCUCACAGCAUACCAACAGGACGACGAGCUGUACUUCAACACCUCACAGGAUGUGUUGCCGGGGGCAGAGCUGAGAGUGUGGUAUGGAGCUUUCUACGCUAAAAAGAUGGAGAAACCCGUUCUGAAGCCUCCUAUAGCACCUCCACACACAGGGACGUUGUGUGGAAAACCAGCUGUAGUUGAGGAGCGAGCAGAAGUUUUGGCGCCCCCUGUGCUCAGAGACAAUAACACAGAUCAGCUGACCUGCUCACCCGCUGCUGUCUCACCCGCUGCUGUCUCACCCGCUGCUGUCUCACCCGCUGCUGUCUCACCCACUGCUGUCUCACCCGCUGCUGUCUCACCUGAUCAUCAGGUAGCGGUGAAUGUUACUCCUGAAGUCACACCCGCUGCACCCGAGCCGAAAAAACGAGUAAAUAGACAACGUAAAGCGAAAGGAGAGACAACAGAACUCAGUAAAAACCCCCCUGCUUCUGUUCCAGUUCCAGUGUCGGAUCUCAUGCGCAGAGACGAGCUGUCAAUCAAACCGAGCCGACACACACGCUGCCUCAUCACGAGCGGAAAGUCAGUGGUGAGGAAGCGUAUUCUGAAGAGUGGAGAUCAUAAGCGAGUGUAUCAGUGUAUCCUGUGUAAUAAAGUGUUUCAGAACAGCAGCAACCUGAACCGGCAUGUGCGCUCUCAUGGUGACAAACUGUUUAAAUGUGAUGAGUGUGACAAGAUGUUCAGUCGUAAGGAGAGUCUGAAACAGCACAUCUCCUACAAACACAGCAAGAACGAGUCGGAUGUGGAGUACAGGUAUAAGUGUAAGACCUGUGAGAAAUCGUUUCGGGUAGAAAACGCCUUGAAAUUUCACAACUGCAGGACAGACGAUAAGACGUUUCAGUGUGAGCUCUGCUCCAGGUUUUUCUCCACCAACAGCAAUUUAUCCAAACACAAGAAGAAACACGGGGAGAAGCUGUACGCCUGCGAGGUGUGUAACAAAAUGUUUUACCGUAAAGACGUGAUGCAGGACCACCAGAGACGCCACGUCAUGGGUUCGAAGAACAUGAAGAGAGAAGAAAUGGAUGCAAACGGAGAAGAAGGAACAAAAUACAGGAAGGAACCAUCAGCGUGUCCCAUCUGCGGCAAGGUGUUUUCCUGUCGCAGUAACAUGAACAAACACCUGCUGACUCACGGAGACAAAAAAUACACGUGUGAGAUCUGCGGCCGCAAGUUCUUCCGCGUGGAUGUGCUGAGAGACCACAUACACGUGCACUUUAAGGAUAUUGCGUUAAUGGAUGAACAGGAGCGAGAGAACUUCAUUAAAAAGAUUGGAAUUUCGAUGGAUGACAGUGAGGGAAACUCAGACGAUGAAGAUGAGAAGGAUGAUCCAGAACAUCACAAAUAUAGCUGUAAAAAGUGCCAGGUGACGUUUGCUAAAGGUCGUGAUUAUCUGAAACACAUCAUGGAGAUGCACAAAGAGCGCGGCUACGGCUGUGUGAUCUGUAACAGACGCUUUGCCCUCAAAGCCACCUACAACGCUCACCUGGUUAUUCACAGAGAACAGCUUCCUGACCCUGCAGUGCAGAGGUACAUCCACCCGUGUGACAUGUGCGGCCGCAUCUUCAACAGCAUCGGCAACCUGGAGAGGCACAAGAUCAUCCACACAGGUGUGAAGAGUCACAGUUGUGAUCAGUGUGGAAAAUCGUUUGCCAGGAAGGACAUGCUGAAGGAGCACCUGAGAGUUCAUGAUAACAUUCGCGACUUCCUGUGUGCUGAGUGUGGGAAAGGUAUGAAGACGAAACAUGCCCUGCGACACCACAUGAAGCUCCACAAGGGCAUUAAGGAGUAUGAGUGUAAGGAGUGUAACCGCAAAUUCGCACAGAAAGUCAACAUGCUGAAACACUACAAGAGACACACAGGUAUAAAGGACUUCAUGUGUGAGCUGUGUGGAAAAACAUUCAGUGAGAGAAACACAAUGGAAACACACAAACUCAUUCACACAGUGGGGAAGACGUGGUCAUGCUCGGUGUGUGAUAAGAAGUACGUGACGGAGUACAUGCUGCAGAAACACGUCCAGCUCACACACGAGAAGGUCGAGGCUCAGAGCUGUCACCUGUGUGGCACUAAAGUAUCCACACGAGCCUCCAUGAACAGACACAUACGCCGUAAACACCCUGAGGUGGUGACAGUGAGAGUGGAGUAUUUAGAUGAUCUUCCAGAAGCUGCAACAAUUGAUGCUUCAUCCAUCAGCAUAGCACAGCCUCCUCUCUCCACAGUAAAAGCCCAGAGGAACUCGAGUCCCAUGAAGAAGAAGCAGAAGCUGCAGGAGUCAAUUCUCUCAGAUUCAGUUGAAUACGGUGAGCUAACAAGAAAAACCAGCGAGUUCACAACAACAGCAGCAACCACGGCAACAACAGGAGAUGAGACCAAUUCGGCCGUGCAGAAUUUACAACAGGUGGUGGUGUUAGCUGACCCUAGUGCUCCUCCCACCACCUCAGUCAGUCUGACCAACAUCAGGGUGACGCCCAUCAACACGGCGGCUCAGUUCACCAGCCUGCAGCCCGUCACCGUGGAACGACCUCUGACCCUCGACAGCUCCAUCCUCACUGUGACCUUUGACCCCGUCACUGGCUCCGGCGUCCAGGCGGACGGAGCGAACUCGCAGUCUGUCGCUCACUUCAUCAACCUCACUACCUUCGUCAAUCCCAUAUCACACCCUCUGGAGGCCUGGAGGCCCAUCACCAACACAGAGGCGAGUCAUGUGACCACAAACACAAGUCAUGUGAACGCUGGGACAAGUCAGGUGACUCCGGAUGGGAAUCACGUGACAGCAGCCAUGACGGUGGGCGGAUCCCAGGCUGAGCCUCAGGACAACCAGAACCCCCAGGACCCCGAAGCUCAGCUUCCACAGGAAUCACAGCGUAAUCUGGGGCAAAACCAUCAAAUCCAGCCCCAGGCUUCAGGGCCUACACAGCCCCCAGCCGCAGCACCGCAAAUGUUCAGCUACUGAGAACUAAAACAUCAGCAGACGCUCUUAAACUCUUGCUGUCUGAAGGCGGUUUUGUGAAAACACUGUCGGUCGUGCUAUUUAGACCAUAAAAUAUCAUGUUUUAGGUCAAAGGAAGAAUCCUGAUGAAAAUGUAGCAGUUAUGUUCAGAAUUAUUCUGGAUUACUUUACACUCAGUAAUCAUUUCUUGAACUGCACUUCCACCUGAAACCAAAGCUGGAUGUGUUUUUUGUUUUGUGUUGUUUUGUUGCAGCUGCGUGAGAGGAGCAGCGUCACAGACACAGUUUUGUUUCCGUUAUUUGGAAAAAGCGAUGAUGGAGAGGACGUUAAAUUAUUUCUUUAAAAAGAAGAAAAAUGGAUAGAAAUGAGGAUUAUCAUUGUCUCACUGGGAUAAUCAUUUUUAAUGAAUUGUUUUUCUAUGAACUGCUCUAGAGCCAAUAAACAGGAGCCUUGUAGCAG